AUGGACAAAGUUUUUGAGGACUCCUUUAACCCUCUCCUGACUGAAAAACAUAACCACGAGGAAGCAAGGAAACCCAAAAACACAGGAAUUUCAUUAAAAGCAAUAAAUAAUUGGUUCGAUAGGAAUAUACUCCUUAUCGGAAUUUUAUUGUCUCUGCUGUACAUUGUCACAGGGUUGACGUACGUCAUCCUCAAUUCGACCCAAUGUGAAAACAGCCAACAAGGAGCCGGUCACUUCACCCUUCUCAGAGAUUCAUUGAAAUUCGAACAUCGAAAAGAAUGGUAUCCGUUACAAUAUCCAUGGAACCAGCCACCUUCCCCUGAGCUGGAUUCAACCUGGAACGACUUGCUAUACGCUUUGAAUAUACGGGUCUCUGGAGACGAGAUGAGCAAGCUUGGGCUCAAUACCACCAACAGAGUCCAAGUCAACCGUGGUGAUUAUUUCGGCGCUUUGGGCGUCUUCCACUAUAUCCAUUGCCUCAACAACCUGCGCAAGGUCGUUCAUUGGGAUUACUACGGGCCGGAGAUUGCGAGUUCUAGAAACGAAGAGGCAUUUGGAAAAGAGCAUUCUGACCACUGCAUCGACGUACUUCGGCAAGUGGUAAUGUGUCAUGCGAAUACACAGGUAAAUACCGCAGAGUGGGUAGACGAGGACAACUCGCUAGGAGGCAAAGAACUGAGAUCGGAUUCUACGACAACUUGUGUGAAAUGGGAAAGCGUGGAUAGGUGGGCGCGCGCAAGAGCGCUAAGAUCUGGGGAGUUCAGUUUCAGGCCCGGACCGUUCUACUUGGCCGAGGCUGGGGGAAAGUGA